AGUGUUCACUCCCCUUCCACCAGCAUGGCCACGUCCUCUCAAUACCGCCAGCUGCUGAGCGACUACGGGCCGCCGUCCCUCGGGUACACCCAGGGAACCGGGAACAGCCAGGUGCCCCAGAGCAAAUAUGCUGAGCUGCUGGCCAUCAUUGAAGAGCUGGGGAAAGAGAUCCGGCCCACCUACGCAGGGAGCAAGAGCGCCAUGGAGAGGCUGAAGCGAGGCAUCAUCCACGCCAGAGGCUUGGUCCGGGAGUGCUUGGCCGAGACGGAACGGAAUGCCAGAUCCUAG